GUGGGGGAGGGGCACCUGGGAUGCAGGCAAUUGCAUGUGCAAAGGCCCUGGGGCAGGAAAGGGCUCGUAAGGCCAACGGGAUAGGUGGGGAGCGAGUAUGAGAGAUAGAGUGGGGGAGAGAAACAGGGCCAUGUCGUUCAGCACCUGUGAGCCACUCCCAAGGACGCUACAGCCCAUGCCCAGCAGAAAGUAGCUGUUUCUGGCAGAAGAGGGUAUGUUGUGAAGACUGUCAGGGGAGCUAAGCUCCUUGAAGAAGAAACAGGUCAUGUCCCCGGAGUUGGCUAAGUCCUGAGGAUGGACAGGAAAAGAAGCCAGGGACCCGCAGUGUGGGUUAUGUUGGGAGCGCGGAUCACCGCAGACAAAUAGGAAAUCUGGACAGCACCAUGGGGGACCGGCUGGAUGACUAUGAAGAGGAGCUGGAGAUCACUCUAGAACAGGAGGACUAUGAAGACCCAGACGUCCCCGUGUUUCAGGUGGAGGAGCCAGUGGCUCACGAAGCCGAGCCGACAGCCACAGAUUAUCACAUCACAUUGUACCCAGAGACCCACGAGUCUUCUCCCCAGGGCGCUGCUCCGGGCCCCGGAGACGAACUCAGGCCUGUGGGGCUGCAGGUCUAUGUGGAGUUGCACGAGCUGGUGAUGGAUGGGAAGAACCAAGAGCUGCGGUGGGUGGAGGUCGCGCACUGGAUGCGGCUGGAGGAGAACCUGGGGGAAGACGGGACCUGGGGCUGCCCGCACCUGUCCUACCUCACCUUCUGGAGCCUCCUGGAGCUGCAGAGAGCCUUUGCCAAGGGUGCUGUCCUCCUGGACCUGCCAGAGACUUCCCUGGCGGGGGUGGCCAACCAGCUGCUGGACAGGUUUAUCUACGAGGAUCUGAUCCGGCCUGACGACCGAGAGGCACUGCUCCGGAUCCUGCUGCUCCAGCACAGCCAUGCCAGAGACCUGGAGGACUUGGGGGGUAUGAAGCCCACAGUUGUGACGAGUUCUGGGAACCCCUCAGAGCCUCUGCUUUCCCAGCAGCAGCCCUCGUUAGAGACGAAGCUCUUCUGUAAGGGAGAGAAAGACAUAGAAGAACACUCAGCAUCUGGAAUUCUGGAAAAGAUACCCCCAGAUUCGGAGGCCACCCUGGUGCUAGUGGGCCGAGCGCAGUUCCUGGCACGCCCCGUGCUGGGCUUCGUGCGCCUGAAGGAGGCCUCUUGGCUGGAGGAGGCCCCGUUGCUGGAGGAGGCCGUGCGGCUCCAAGUGCCCGUGCGCUUCCUCUUCGUGUUGCUGGGACCUGAGGUCCCCCGCAUCGACUACACCCAGCUGGGGCGGGCUGCUGCCACCGUCAUGUCGGAGAAGGUGUUCCGCAUUGAGGCCUACCUGGCCCAGAGCCGGGACGAGCUGGUGAAAAACCUGGAGGAGUUUCUGGACUGCAGCCUGGUGCUGCCUCCCUCCGAAGUCCCCUCUGAGAAGGCCCUGCUCGGUCUGGUGCCCGUGCAGAAGGAGCUGCUGCAGAGACGAGUAGGCACUGUCAGGCAGGAGCCCAAACUCUACAAGGGCCUAGAUUUGAAUGGGGGUCCAGAGGUCCCUGGCGGCCCAGAAGACCCUCUACGACGGACAGGCAGGUUCUUUGGGGGCCUGGUACGCGACAUCAAGCGCCGCUACUCCCACUACCCGAGUGACAUCACAGACGCGUUCAACCCCCAGGUCCUGGCUACCGUUAUCUUCAUCUACUUUGCUGCCCUGUCACCGGCCAUCACCUUCGGCGGCCUCCUGGGAGAAAAGACCUUUAACCACAUGGGGGUGUCGGAGCUGCUCAUCUCCACUGCGGCCCAGGGCGUCAUCUUCUCCCUGCUCGGGGCUCAGCCGCUGCUGGUGGUUGGCUUUUCAGGACCCCUGCUCGUGUUCGAGGAAGCCUUUUUCUCGUUCUGCAGCAGUAACAACCUGGAGUACAUCGUGGGCCGCGUGUGGAUCGGCUUCUGGCUCGUCCUGCUAGUGGUGCUCAUUGUGGCCUUCGAGGGCAGCUUCCUGGUCCAGUUUAUCUCCCGCUACACCCAAGAGAUCUUCUCCAUCCUCAUUUCCCUCAUCUUUAUCUCUGAGACCUUCUUCAAGCUGAUCAAGAUCUUCCGGGACCAUCCACUGCAGAAGGAUUAUGACUACAAUGUGACAACAGUGCCCAAACCUCAGGCUCCCCUGCCCAACACAGCCCUCCUCUCCCUUGUGCUCAUGGCUGGCACCUUCUUCUUAGCCAUGAUACUGCGCAAGUUCAAGAACAGCUCCUACUUCCCCGGCUGGCUGCGACGGGUCAUUGGAGACUUUGGGGUUCCCAUCUCCAUUCUGAUCAUGGUCCUGGUGGAUUUCUCAGUCAAGGACACCUAUACCCAGAAACUCAGUGUGCCUAAAGGCCUCUCGGUGUCCAACUCCUCGGUCCGGGGCUGGAUCAUCCACCCACUGGGCUUGUCUUCGCCUUUCCCCAUCUGGAUGAUGUUUGCCUCCGUCCUGCCUGCCCUUCUGGUUUUCAUUCUCAUCUUCCUUGAGUCCCAGAUCACCACGCUGCUCAUCAGCAAACCAGAGCGCAAGAUGGUCAAAGGCUCUGGAUUCCACCUGGACCUGCUGCUAAUUAUCGGCAUGGGCGGUGUGGGCGCCCUCUUUGGGUUGCCCUGGCUCAGUGCCACAACCGUGCGAUCCAUCACCCAUGCCAACGCGCUCACCGUCAUGGUCAAGGACAGCACCCCGGGGGCUGCACCCCAGAUCCAAUCGGUCAGGGAGCAGCGGAUCAGCGGGCUCCUGGUCGCUGUGCUCGUGGGCGUGUCUAUCCUCAUGGGGCCCAUCCUGUCCCUCAUCCCCCUGGCUGUGCUGUUUGGCAUCUUCCUCUACAUGGGGGUCACAUCCCUCAGCGGCAUCCAGCUCUUUGACCGCUUAUUGCUUCUGUUCAAGCCGCCCAAGUACCACCCGGUCGUGCCCUACGUCAAGCGGGUGAAGACCUGGCGCAUGCACUUGUUCACGAGCAUCCAGAUCAUCUGCCUGGUGGUGCUGUGGGUCGUGAAGUCCUUCCAGGCCAUCUCACUGAUCCUGCCUUUCAUACUCAUUCUCACGGUGCCUCUGCGCCGCCUCCUGCUGCCGCUUAUCUUCAGGGAGCUGGAGCUCAAGUGUCUGGAUGCCGACGAUGCCAAGCCGAACUUUGAUGAGGAGGAAGGUCAGGAUGAAUACAACGAGGCGCCCAUGCCCGUGUGAGGAGAAGGCCCAGGCCUCAGGGCCCCCUCCACCUUCCCGCCCCCCCUCUCUCCCAGGAAAAGCAGAAGUUCAUGGGUAUCUCAUAGACUCUCAUGUCCCUCCUGGGGUAGCAACUGGAGCCCUGGGGCUGUGGGUGGGGAUGGAAGGAGUGACUAGUAAACCAGCUUUUAUGGCUGGAGAUGGCCAGUAGGGCCCACAUUAGGAAAUUCGCUGUGUAGUCCCCUCUUGCUGCCACACUGCCACGUGGGGUUCCCAAGCUGGUAGGCUCUGAUCCGAACCAACGUCUUCACAGCCAGCACAGACAGGGGCAGUGGCAGGGGAGGUGGAGGGGGUGAGGUUCAAAUUCCUGCAUGCUGUGUGACCUUGGGCAAGUCCUCCAGCCUCUGCUUCCUCUUCUGUAAAAUGGGUAUAAUUAUAAUAAUACCCACGCUACAGGAUGGCCACUGAGGACCAAAGAUAAAUGUGAAAAAGGAACCUUGUCAACUUUGAAAGGACUGUCAGAUGGUAUCUUCAGGCUGGCCCAAGGUCACACAGCUCCUGAGCUGUACAGCUGGGGUUUGAACCAGGUCUCCUGACUCUGAGGCCAGAGCCCUAGGCUCUACUUUAGUUACCCACCUUCCCAUGCCUAGAGAUGCCCCUGCUGACUCCCCUUCCCUAUUCCCACCCCCAUCCCUUGGACCCUCUCAUCUGGGGCAGAGGGAGGUGUCCUGGUGAGGGCAAGGAGCAGGUGAAGAAGCAGUCAGGGCGGGGACCCAGGACUCCUAAGUGCUCACUCCCUCCUCCCAUGCUCUCACUCAGUCAUGUGUUCAUUCAUUCUGCAAACACUUACUGAGGGCCCUGGUCCCUGCAGAUACAGGGGCAACCGAGAAAAGACUCUGCCCUGGGGUG